AGUUGCAAAAACACAACGCUCCCGUUGACAACUCUCGAAAAUCCAAAUCCAAGUGAACUUCAAGCAUGGAACGUUGGCAGGAUCGCGUGGCUGUUGUUACGGGCGCCAGCUCAGGGAUUGGCGCUGCCGUGGCCAAGGAUCUGGUGCGUGCCGGACUCGUGGUCGUUGGCCUCGCACGCCGCGUGGAACGCAUCGAAGCGCUGCGCGAACAGCUGCCGGAGGAGCUGCAAUCUCGACUGCAUGCAAUCAAAUGCGAUGUGGGCGAGGAGACGUCGGUGGCCGCCGCCUUCGAUUGGAUUGAGGCGCAGCUGGGCGGCAUCGAUAUACUGGUGAACAACGCGGGGCUGCUCUAUUCUGGCCAACUGCUGACCAUGGAGGUGGAACAGCUGCAGCAUGUGAUGCAGGUGAAUCUGAUGGGCGUCAUCUACUGCACGCAGCGCGCCUUUCGUUCGAUGCAACAGCGUGAGGUGGGCGGUCAUGUGGUGCUCAUCAACAGCCUGACCGGACAUCAUAUCAUCAAUCCGCCAGGCGAUGAGCUGCAGUGCCUCAACAUGUAUCCGAUAACGAAGCAUGGCAUCAGCGCAUUGCUCGAGGUGAUGCGACAGGAACUCAACGGUUUCAAGACGCAGAUCAAAGUGACGAGCAUCAGUCCUGGCGUCACCAACACCGAGAUUCUGCCCGGUGGUUACAAUGCGCUGCCCAUGCUGCAGCCCGAAGACAUUUCGGCGGGCAUCUUAUAUGCGAUUGGCACCCCACCGCAUGUCCAAGUGCAUCAGCUGACCAUCAAGCCCAUUGGCGAGCCGUUCUAAGUAGCCUCUAUUAAAUGCGGGCGUGGUCUCAGUCUCA